AUGAUGGAGAGCUCUCCAAGUCACCUUUCCGGCGGCGGGGGCGACUCUGGUCCUCCCUCCGGCGAGUUCUCCGGUGGCGCUGGGGAGCACCACGGGGCGCUGUUCCUGGUCCUGGGCUACCUCCAGUUACCGGAGCUCCUCUGUGCGCAGCGAGCUUGCCGGAGUUUCAGGGACGCGGUCGCCGGCGACAGUCUUCUGUGGAGGGAUGUUCGGGUGGAGCCACCUCUCAGCGGAAAGCUCACCGACGACGGCCUCCUUGAGGUCACCUCCCGGUCAGGAGGGCGACUGAGAUCCCUGACACUGGUCGACUGCUGGCGGGUCACCGACUCCGCCCUCCGGAGGGUCGUCGACGAGAACCCUGACAUCGUCAAGGUACGGCGCAGCCCCAUCACUCUUUCUCUCUCUCUAAUUUUGAUCUGAUCUGGGUGACAAAACCGUCGGAGAAUUCGCCGCCCUACUUCAUUCCUUCAAUCAUUCAUUCUCAUUCUCUCUCUCUCUCUCUCUCUCUCUCUCUCUCUCUCUCUCUCUCUCUCUCUCUCUCUCUCUCUCUCUCUCUCUCUCUCUCUAUCUAUCUAUCUAUCUAUCUAUCUUUCUAUCUACCUCCGUAUCUCUCCCUCUUUGUUCUAUCUACCUGCCUCUGUAUCUAUCUGUCAACCUCUGUCUGCCUCUCCCUCGCUUUAUCUAUCUCUCUCUCUCUCUCGUUGUCUACCUCUCUAUCUAUAUGUAUCUCUCUGUUUACCUCUCUAUCUAUCUAUGUAUAUCUCUCUCUCUCCACCUAUCUACCUUCUAUCUAUCCAUCUAUCUCCGUCUGUCUAUCUAUCUUUCUAUCUACCUAGAACUCUGCGGGAUACUGGCACGAUUUGAUCUCGGUUUGGCGUAUAUCGAGCCUUCUAACUCCGGGUGGUCACAGAUCAACGUCCCCGGUUGCACUCGCCUGACGGCGGACGGAGUGGUGGGGUUGGUGACGAGCCUUGCCGAGCAGCAGCAGAAGAAGAAGAAUAAAAAGGAGAAGAGGGAGAACAAGGACAAGGAGGAGGAGAAAAGGAGCCUCCUUGUACAACUCGGAGUCUACGGGAUCCCUCACCUGGGAAAGGACCAUUUAAACGUCCUCCGUUCACUUCUCCCGCCGCCGGUGGAUGGAGCCACCGGCGGCGGCGCCGAAGGUCACGCCAUCGACGUCGACGUAUGCCCCAGAUGCGACGCCGUGAGGAUCGUGCUCGACUGCACCAGGGAGAGAUGCAGGUACGUAACUUGAUAGAGAGAGAGAGAGAGAGAGAUGGGCAGACCUCUCUGCCGCUGAUAGAGCCUUCUUCGUCGGUCCAACAUAAGCUUCUUCCCAGUUCAACAUAGAGAACGACAGAGAGAGAGAGAGAGAGUUCUGGAAGAGCUUGGAAUAAUGGCUGACGGGAUGGCUGUGGUGGCUUGCAGGACGGCGAGUGUUGGGCGGGCGGCGUGCAGGGGAUGCGGCUUCUGCAUCGUGCGAUGCGAGGAGUGCGGCGGGUGCGUGGAGGGCGCCGGCGAGGAGUCCGCUUGCUCACAUACGCUCUGCUUGAGCUGCUGGCUCCGCCUCCCCAAAUGCAGCCUCUGCAACCGCCCCUUCUGCUCCGGCCACCGCCGCCCUCCUCCGGCGAACCUUCCCUCCUCCAACUUCACCUGCGACCAGUGCUCCGACCCCCUCUCCUCCCUCGACUUUACCCUGUAA